AUGGCCGUCGCGGUCACAAGCGCCUCGCUGCGCGCCGCCCUGACCGCGCGACUUCCGCGUGUUGCCGCCUCCGCAUCUCUGCAGUCCGCCUCGCUGCAGUCCUCAUCCGCCAGCUUGCUUCCGCGCGCGUCACGAAAAUCGGAUGGAAGCAGGCGGGCCUCGCAUACCGUGUCGGCUAGCGCUGCCGCUGAGGGAUCAGCUGAUAGCGCCGUGGCUGUAGCUGCUGCUGCUUCAGAUGUAGCCGCUCCUACGGCCACCGGUCCUGAUGUGUGCAGCCUCGCCGAGGCCCUGGAGCUGCGCGUGGGGCGGGUGGUGCGGGCGUGGAAGCACCCCGAGGCGGACAGCCUGUACGUGGAGGAGGUGGACGUGGGCGAGGAGGGCGGCCCGCGCACCAUCUGCAGCGGCCUCGUCAAAUACAUUCCCGAGGCCGACAUGCAGGAUCGGCUGGUGGUGGUGCUGGCGAACUUAAAGCCGCGCAACAUGAGGGGCGUCAAGUCCAACGGCAUGCUGCUCGCUGCCUCCGAUGACGCCCACGAGAACGUCCAGCUCCUCUCGCCGCCCGCCGAAGCUGCGCCGGGCGAGCGCAUCUGGUUCGGCGCCGAGGCUGACGUUGCCUCGCAAGCUGCUGCUGCCACUCCAAACCAGCUGCAGAAGAAGAAGAUAUGGGAGGCUGUGCAGCCACAGCUCAAGACCACAGAGGAUUGCGUUGCUACACUUCUGGACAAACCAAUGCGGGUGGCAAGCGGUGUCAUCACAUGCAAGUCCCUGGCUAAGGCAAACAUUGGCUGA